AUGGCAAAGCGGAGGAGAAGAGAGGUUUCAGACGAAGAAGAAGAAGAAGAAGAAGAAGUUCGCUAUAGGAGGAGAGCGGCUUCACAGUUUUUCGAGUUAGAAGCAGUAGACACUGAUGAUGAAGAAGAGGACGACGAAGAACAAGGCGAAGAUGAUUUUAUUGAUGAUGCUGAAGUCGUGGACUCCGAUUCCAACGAAAACGAAGAUUUUGCUUUUCGAAAACGUCAGGUUAUUCAUCCACAAAUUGGAGAAGAAGACGAAGAGGAAGAUAUAGACGAAUUUGAAAGGAGAAUUGAAGAAAGGUAUGGCCGAAAAUCGAGAUAUAAAGACGAGGAAGAUGAAACAGAGGUAGUUCAGCAAGCGCUUUUGCCUACAAUUAAGGAGUCUAAGUUAUGGAUGGUUAAAUGCGCAGUUGGUUAUGAAAAGGAAGUAGCAAUAUGCUUAAUGCAGAAGCAAAUUGACAAAGCUUUUAACUUGAAAAUUAAAUCGGUUAUAGCACUCGAUCAUCUUCAGAAUUAUAUAUACGUAGAAGCAGAUAAAGAAUCUCAUGUUAGGGAAGCAUGCAAAGGGAUGAGACAUAUUUUGCUGAAAAAUAAGAUUGUUUUAGUUCCAAAUUCAGAGAUGUCCAAUUUGCUUUGUGUAAAAGGCCGAGAUAGAGAAUUUACUAAGGAUUGUUUGGUGAGAUUAAAAACUGGGAAUUACAAAGGAGACAUUGCUCAGAUUGUGGACGUAGAUGAUAUUCAGAGAAGGGUCACUGUAAAAUUGAUUCCAAGAAUUGAUUAUCAGGAUUUGGUUAACAAAUAUGAAGGUAAUUAUAAACCAAAGGAAGUUUCAAGUAAAAUUUGUCCUCAACCAAGAUUUUGGAGUGCUAGUAAAGCUAAAGCAUUGGGCAUUUCAGUGAAGCGUUCGAGGGAUAGAAUUACUGGGGAUUAUUUUGAUAUUGUAGAUGGCAAGAAAUUCAAAGAUGGUUUCUUGUAUAAAUUAGUGUCGUUUAAGUCAAUCAGUAAUAAGAUUCAGCCAACUGUAGAUGAUCUUGAAAAAUUUCAUGCAGCUAAGGAGAGAGUAGAUGAUGAAGACAUUAAUGCAGAAAUUUUAUCUUUUUCUGCUAUGCUAGCAAAGAAUAUAAAGAAAAAUUCCUUUACAGCAGGAGAUAAAGUAGUAGUUGUCAAUGGAGAUUUAAUACACAUAAAGGGAUUGGUUCUGAAAGUUGAGGAUGAUAUUGUUUAUUUCAGACCAACAAAUGGAGAUCUGCCUCAAAAUUGUCUUGAAAUCAAGAGCAAAGAUUUGACCAAGCUACUUGAAGAUAAUGUUUCUCAGGUUGCAUAUUGUGAAGAAUCAGUAUCACUAGUUAGUAAAACUUAUAACAACAAAAGUAGAAAUAGGGAUGAAACAUCAGGAUCAAUAGCCAACUUUAGACCUCCACCUCCUAAAAAAGGACACGGAUUUGGAAGAGCAAGGCGUGAUCCAUUGGUCAAUGCGCGAAUUAAAAUCCGUCAAGGACCUUAUCAUGGGAUGGUUGGAACCAUUGUAGAGGUUAGAGGGAGUAAAGUUCGGGUAGAAUUAGAGGCUCAAAUGAACUCUGUUUAUGUUAAUCGCAGUCAAAUUUGUGAGAAUGUGAACGUGGAAGUGAACAAUUCUGGCUCUGGUUUAGGGGGUGAAACUCCUAUGUAUUGUGCAACAACUCCAAUGCAUCCAUUGCUGACUCCAACAAGAGAUUCUGCUGCAACACCUAUUCAUGAGGGAAUGAGAACACCAAUGCCAAGUAGAGCAUGGAAUGGUUACUAG